AUGGCAAGCAGAGACAGAGAGCAAUCCAAAUGUUGCUUCAAAGAGUGGAUGGAGCUUCAAGAACAAGACCUCUCAGAGCUCCUCCAAGCCCUGAAACUAGACCCCCAAAACAAAGACCAGUUAAAACAUUUAGCAGAGAAAGGCAUCCGUCACUUCCAAGAUUACAUAAACAAGAGAACCCAACUUGCCCGCAGAGACGUCUCUACCUUCUUUUCCCCCACUUGGUGCACUUCAUGGGAAAACUCUCUGCUUUGGAUCGCUGGCUGCAGGCCCUCUUUGUUUUUCAGGCUCGUUUAUGUGCUUGGCGGGUCAAAAAUGGAGUCAAAGCUCUCUGAGUUCCUCCAAGACACAAGAGAAGGCAGCCUUGGUGAGGUUCUGACGUGCUCGCAGCUCGUUGUAGUCAACAGUUUGCAGAGCAAGACCAUUAGAGAGGAGGAGAGGUUAACAGGGGAGCUGGCAGUUCUGCAAGAGAACAUAGCGGACCAGCCAAUUGCAAUGAUUGCAAAGGGUUUGAGCCAACUUGGGGAGAUGAACAGAGAAGUGGAGGAGGCUCUGGAUGAGCAUGGCCAAGCCAUGGUGAGAAUUUUGGAGGAGGCAGAUCAGUUGAGGCUAAGCACUGUCAAGGAGCUUGUGAACAUAUUGACACCUCUUCAGGCUGUUGAUUUUCUGGUGGCAAGUAAGAAGCUUCACUUGUGUGUGCAUAAGUGGGGCAGGAACAGAGACCAAAAGCUUGGGAGGGAAAAUCUGGAAGAUUAA